AUGAGUAACUUUUUGAUGUUAAAAAUAACAAUUUCUAUGCAAGAAACACAUUCCUCAGGGCGCUUAUCGUUAAGCAAGCCGUGGCGGCGCGGCGCGGGCGCAGUCGCGGCCAACACAUUCAACGAAUUUGCAAUGCGCGAUAUCCCGCAUUACCAUAAACAGUAUAAGGCGGAGGGCACGCCGUCUAUCGCGCUAAGACAUAUAAAUUAUUCAAAA